AAAAACUGGUGGAUUCGAGGAAUUCUUACUCUAACUAUGAUUUCAUUGUUUUUCCUGAUCAUCUCUAUGGGAUCCUUUAUGUUGAUGCUUCUUGUUCUGGGCAUCCAGGUGAAAUGUUUCCACGAAAUUAUUACUAUCGGUUACAGAGUCUAUCAUUCUUAUGAUCUCCCAUGGUUUAGAACACUAAGCUGGUACUUUCUUCUGUGCGUAAACUACUUUUUCUAUGGAGAAACUGUGGCUGAUUAUUUUGCUACAUUUGUUCAAAGAGAAGAACAACUUCAGUUCCUCAUUCGAUACCACAGGUUUAUAUCAUUUGCUCUGUAUCUGGCAGGUUUCUGCAUGUUUGUACUGAGCUUGGUGAAGAAACACUAUCGUCUGCAAUUUUAUAUGUUCGCAUGGACUCAUGUCACUUUACUGAUAAUCGUUACUCAGUCACAUCUUGUCAUCCAAAAUCUGUUUGAAGGCAUGAUAUGGUUCCUUGUUCCAAUAUCAAGUGUUAUCUGCAAUGACAUUACUGCUUACCUUUUUGGAUUUUUUUUUGGAAGAACUCCAUUAAUUAAGUUAUCGCCUAAAAAGACUUGGGAAGGAUUCAUUGGCGGUUUCUUUUCUACAGUCGUGUUUGGAUUCGUUGCUGCUUAUGUGUUGUCCAAAUACCAGUACUUUGUCUGCCCAGUGGAAUACCGCAGCGACGUCAACUCUUUUGUUACAGAAUGUGAGCCCUCUGACCUCUUCCAGCUGCAGAGUUACUCACUUCCUCCCUUCCUAAAGAAAAUACUGAAAUGGGAAACAGUCAGCAUGUAUCCUUUCCAGAUCCACAGUAUUGCUCUUUCAACAUUUGCAUCUUUAAUUGGCCCAUUUGGAGGCUUCUUUGCCAGUGGAUUCAAAAGGGCUUUCAAAAUCAAGGAUUUCGCAAACACCAUUCCUGGGCAUGGUGGGAUAAUGGACAGAUUUGAUUGCCAGUACUUAAUGGCAACGUUUGUGCACGUGUACAUCACAAGCUUUGUAAGGGGUCCAAAUCCCAGCAGAGUGCUACAGCAGCUGUUGGUGCUUCAACCAGAACAGCAGUUAAACAUAUAUAAAACCCUGAAGACUCAUCUCAUUGAGAAAGGAAUCUUACAGCCCACCUUGAAAGUAUAACUGGAUCCAAAGAGGGCAGGACUGAUAAGGAAUCCUGCAGAAAAGCACUGACACAUGAAAUCUUGUAACUGUACAGAAAAAUGGUUGAAAAUGCAAUAGAUUGAAAUUUCACAGACAUGAAUGUUUCUUUGAAAUUACUGUGAAUAUUUAACAAAUAUUUACUUGAUCUAUGUUAUGAAAUAAGUAGCACAUUGCCAGCAAAAUAUCCUGUACUUUUUCUAAGAUGUAUUUUCUGAUGUUGACUUCCUUCCCCUUACUUGCUGGGUUUCAUAAUUUAAAAUACUGUAUUUUAAAGAGUCAAACACUAUAAAUUGAGGAUGUGUUCAGAUUGCACCUGGCAGUGGGAUCUUUUGCACAAAUAUUUGCUUUUGCACUUGGAGCUGCCCUUCAGUUUGAGCAGAAUGUUUUAUGUAAGGCACAACAGGAAGUCAUUUCUCCUGUGCUUCCUCCUCUCACAGCCUGAAGUAUUUUCUGAAGGGCUAAGUUGG